GAGCUGCUGGGGCGCGAGCUCGCUGGUUGGCAUCGCAAAGUGCGCAUCUGCAGUGCGGUUGUGGGGCCAGGUUGCCGUGCCUCGGCGCGGCGCCGUGGCCGCCGACCGAGCCCGUUCUGGGUGCCUUCGCGUUCGCCGUGCAGAACGGGGUACUGCGCCCAGGUUCGGGCGCCCCUCAGAUUGCUUCGGAUGUUUCGGGGGCGCCUGGAAGUCGCGCCCAGCUUGGCGCGGGGUGCAGUCGAGGCUGCGGCGGCCAUUCGGCGUUUCCGGGCGCGGGCCGCAGCGCGGGAGACCCGCGGCCUGGCGGUGCGCGUGCGGGGCGUACUUUUGGAUCCACUCGUGGCAGGCUCGUUCGUAGUCGCCCCGCUCUUCUGUCUGCGGUUCGCUUCGGAGGCGGCGCCGUCGGAGAGCGACGGGGUGCAUUCGAAGGUCGUGCUGUCCAUCGACAAGGGGCUCCCCAAUGUCUCCCUGUAUUUCCACAGGAGCAACGUGUACGCGGAGACUGUGGUUGUUUCGAGGCGCUGUGUUUGUUCGCUCCAGACUUGGCAGCUUUGCGGAAUUUGCAUUCUCCACCGCCGCGCCGGGCAAGGCCGGGUAUUCCCGGGUUUGUCCAACAGGGUA